GUGGAGCCCACGGCCAUGCCGGGGCACCGCUGCGGGCGUGCGGGCAGGUCGAAAACUAAACCCGUGGCGUUUUGAGCGUGUCUCAAUGGCAAAGACUUGCCACAGAUAAAAGACCAGGACAACCCCCUCUUUGACGCGCGUAUAUCCACUACUUAUACUCUCUUACAAGCACAAACACAACAAUGGCCCGUGAGAACCUGACCAUCCGCCUCGCUGAGCGUCCUACGGACGAGAUCGUCCCCGGCACGACGUUCACCGCGAAGCGUGAGGCCGCCCCCUCCCCCUCCGAUCUCAAGGAUGGCGAGAUCCUCGUCGAGGUGCUGUAUCUUUCUCUCGACCCCUCCCUGCGUGGGCAAUUGAACGACCGCCGCAGCUAUGUGCCCCCUGUACAGAUUGGAGCCGUCAUGAACGGCGCCUCCGCCUCGCGCGUGCUCGCUUCCAAAUCGAAGCUGGUCCAGCCUGGCGAGUACGUCUAUGCCGCCACUGGCUGGCAGCAGUACAAGAUCCUCAAGGCGGGCACCUUUGAGCCGGCAUCUGCCUACCCUGGACUUCAACAGCCGCAGGACAUGCUCUCCGCCAUGGGUCUGACUGGUGUCACGGCGUGGUAUGGCGUGACGCAGAUUGGCGAGCCCAAGGCCGGCGAGACGUUUGUCGUGUCCGGUGCGGCGGGUGCCACGGGCAGUGUGGCCGGCCAGAUUGCCAAGCUCAAGGGUGCGCGUGUCGUGGGUAUCGCCGGCAGCGAUGAGAAGUGCAAGUGGCUCGUCAACGACCUGGGUUUCGACGCGGCCGUCAACUACAAGGCACCCGACUGGCGCCAGAAGCUCAAGGAGGCCACGCCCAACUUUAUCGACGUGUACUAUGACAAUGUGGGCGGGGAGAUUCUGGACGCGGCGCUGGCGCGGGCCAAGGAGCACGCGCGGUUUGUGAUCUGCGGCGUCAUCAGCCAGUACAACAGCUCGUCGCCGCCGGGGAUCAAGAACAUCCACCAGGUGGUGACGAUGCGCAUCAAGAUGCAGGGUUUCAUCAUCUUUGACGCGCAGGACCGGUAUGCCGAGGCGCGCAAGGAGCUCGGCACGUGGCUGGCCGAGGGCAAGAUCAAGAAGAACGAGACGAUUAUCAAGGGCGGUCUGGAGAAGGCGGAGCAGGGGCUUGUUGAUCUGUUCCGGGGCGUGAACCAGGGCAAGCUGCUGGUGGAGGUGAAGAACCCGAGUGAGACGCCCUCCAAGCUGUAGGAUGGUCAAGGGUAGCAAAUGAAAUGAAAUGCGUGACAACUUGGCACUGAAUAUGGCUUCCAGCGUAUAUGAAGCAUGGCCUUGUUUGAUCAGGGCAGCAGUGACGAAGUGAGGAGACUGAGAUUAUGAACACUCACAAGUCCCACAAAAACUUAUAGGAAGGAGGUUCCAGGCGUACCUUCUUCGAGUACUAUGGAAUUACCGGUUUGGGAAGAUGGCACGGCAUUCACUCAAGGAAGGCACUGCAGGAGG